CCGCCACUUCCGUCUUGAGCUGAGACUACCAUCCCCUCCAGACCAUACCGCACCGCUUCACCUCGACACCACCAUGACACCCACCGCCACCACGUCUCAUUCCACGUCUGCCUCUGCCUCUGCUUCAUCUUCGAGCUCGGGGGCACUCACGCCCGCCCAGCUCGCGCAAUUCCACCGAGAGGGGUACCUCGUCCUCCCGCGCUUCUUCGAUCCCACUGCCCUCCUAGCCCGGGCAAAGGACCUCGUGCAGUCCUUCUCCCUCGAGGGUCACCCACUCACCACCUUUUCCACCGGCAGGGGAGACGAAGAAGAUGCAGACCUCACAGUAGCGGACAAGGAGGAGCAGCAACGGCAGAAGGAGAAGAAGAAGCAUGUAGGGGAUCGAUAUUUUCUCGAGAGCGGAGAUAAGGUGCGAUUCUUCCUCGAGGAAGAGGCGGUGGGAGCUGAUGGGAAGCUCAAUAGGGAUAAGAGUAGAGCCGUGAACAAGGUCGGACAUGCUCUCCAUCUACACGACCCCUACUUCCACGACUUUUCCUUCUCCUCGUCCCUGCAAAACCUAGCACGCUCUCUCAAUGUCCAUGCAGAUCCUCGCGUACUGCAGUCCAUGAUCAUCUGCAAGCAGUCCUCGAUCGGCGGAGCCGUACCGCACCACAAUGACUCGACGUUCCUCUACACGGAUCCUCCCUCGGCGGUGGGAUUCUGGUUCGCCUUGGAGGACUGCACGAGGACGAAUGGAUGCCUGAGCUUCCUCAAGGGAAGUCAUCGAUGGCCAAAGGACGGUACAGGCGCAGACUCAGUGCCCAAGCCUAGCGCGCCGAGACCUGUGGAGGACGAGGAGAUUACCGCCGAGUACGGUACACCGCGGGGGAUCAAUGCUCGCUUUGUGCGCAGAGAGGCUGCUGAAGAGGAGGGUGGGACAACUUUCGUCACGCUGGAGCAGAAUGAGGAGGCAGACUGGGACGAGGAGGGUGCUACGCUCGAGGAAUGCGAGGCAGGGUCGCUAGUGCUGAUCAAUGGAUCGGUGCUGCACCAGAGCAAGAAGAACCUCAGCGAGAAGAGCCGCUACAUCUACACCUUCCACAUGAUCGAGGGUGACCCCACACGGGCGCACUUCGACGAGCGCAACUGGCUACAGAUGCCCCGUGGAGCAGACGGCAAGCGAGAGCCCUUCAGUCAGCUGUAUCACCCGCCAGCCCCUCCCGCGCGUUCGGGCUUGUAGAUGGACGAAGCGACGAUGUAGUCUUAGGGGUGUGACAUGCUUGUUGGGCGCUAUGAAGACGUAGUGAAGGAGACAAACAAAUAUACUACGUUCCGCACACUGCCU